GAGCAAUCAUGCUUUGCCGAUGGGCAGUAUCAGCUUUGCACUCAAACAAAAUGCAAUAAAAUUGUUUGCUUCAUCCCUACCUACCUAGGCAGCCGCCCGGCUAUGAUUCACUGUUUCCAUGCACCUCUUCUCCUUCCCCCCAUUCCGCCUGCUCAACUCUUCCAAACACAAGACUUCACUGUGACUAUCAGUCAUUUCAACAUUUCCGGUCUGCAUCUCGCAUAACGAUAAAUAUUGUCUGCUGUUCACCAGCUCAUUCUCCUCCCUUCUCCCUUCUCCCUUCUCCCUUGAGUAAAGGCGCUGCGGUACGGCAUGUAUCAGGGUAGGGGAAGAGGAGUACCCUCGGGUAGAGGUGACCUCAUGCCUCCAACUGCUCUCUCAAGGGCGCCAAAGUUUGCGUCGACGAAAAAUGAGAAGUUGAAGACAGCUAAAAACAUCUGCCAAGGUAGAGAAGAAAAGAUACGGCAAGCCGAGGAUGCUGAACAUCUUGGCCGUCCACCGGCGGGAAAAUAUCUAGUACAGGCGGCCCUUGUACUUCCCGGGCAACACUUGCUACCUGUUGCAUUGGAUGAACCAGCGGCACUCGACGAUAUCCGCAGAAAGUAUCGGGUCUAUAUCACGCGGGAUGUACCAAACAUUCUUGAGAUUCACUGCGAUUCUAUCCAUCGCCUUCAGCAGGCGUUUGAAGCGGUUAACUGGAGAAUUCGGGACAUGCGUCUAUCUAACGACAGUUCUCCCGCGCGCUUUCUUGUACAGAGGCCAACUAAAGCGGUCGUCACUGAUAUGAUUCAGUUGAAACUUGGAGCACGCCCAUCUUUUCUUUCUAAAACCUCGAAUCCUGUCAGUAAUGCUUCCUCAAUGGAUGAACAUUUGCCAAGACUAGCGUCCGACCUGGCGUCCUCAGCAGAAGGCCUCAUGGCACUCAAUAAGACCAUGGGCUUGCGAGUCAAUUUCGGGCACGUUAUCAUUGCCAAGAGACCGAAAGGUACUGAAGACGAGAUCGCAUUCGCCCAUUUCACCAGACUUAUGAACAUGUAUCCCAGUCGUGGAGGAGCCUCGAUUGUAACCAGACUUGGAGACGCUAACGAGGCGGAGCAACUCUUGCAGUAUAUCUCACGCCCAGAAGCAGGCAUCUGCAAGAACAUGAAGGACAUGAGGCGAGGUUGUGAGGUGGUUGUAGUGGCCAGUGGUCUACAAAUCAAGACUGAGGCCGACUACAAUCCUCAACUUAUGCAACUAGCAAUGGUCCGCGCUACUAGGCCAGAGACCCGGGCACGUUGGAGUUGGACGAUUGCUGCUCCUAACAUGGAACACGAUUGGAACAUUCGGAUGGACGCUUGGGACAAAGUGGACGUUCCAACAGAGUUUAGAGAUAUUGCAAAGAGGAUAUCGGUUGUCUUCAAACCAGACGAGGGCACCAUUCUCCCUUUGCCAAAAGUCAACACGAGUAAACUUGCGAUCCCCGAUGAGCAAAUCACUGAAAUUCAGGCAAGAUCUUGGGCAAUAAUUCCAUUCAAAGAAUCCCCCUAUGUCCUCAAGAUCAACAUCACCAAGACUCUGAAGGGAUCUCGCACGAUUGGGAAGCAAAAUGUUACUUGGGGGGUUGAAUUAUACGCCCCCCAUUGGGAGGAAAGUGUGAACCACUCCAGUGGUGGCCGAAAGGACUGGGGGGAGGGGCUCGAGAAUAUUUGGGAGGAGGGUGAUGAUCUCCAGUCGAGGCUCGGGUGCUUCUUGCGGAUCAUUAUGGAGGUCCAAGCCCUCCUGAACAGAGUGCAUGCUGAUACUGCCUCGUCAUAG